CUGCUGUGAAUCUGUGCUCGUCCGUGUAAUUUCUCCGUACGAUUAACAAGAUAUAGUGACAAUUGGAUGCACGCGAUGGUCGAUUGAAUGUCAGCGCUUGAAAAUAGGACUUUAACGCAAUUUUAGAACUUUGUGCAAACUUAUAGAGAAAAUAAUUACGAGGACAGAAGUAAUGUGCAAGAUAGAGAAGGAUCAUUAUUAUAGAAGUCUUUGAAAACACGUGCAGCAUCCGGUAAAAAUAAAAUUUCUGCCGACAAAACUAUACAAGUAAAAACAGAAUUAAUAACAGAAUACAGAAGGACAGAAGAAUGUUAAAUGGACAAUUCCUGAAAUUUGAUUAAACUUGAUUGUUUUAUGCCCUCUUCGUUUUACUGAUGCUGAUAUCUGCAAUUUUUAAUUUCUUUACAAGUAGACCUAUCGGAAUCUGUACUCGCUGCCAAUUGCAAUGUCUUGGUCAAAAGGUAUAACAAACGAUCAUCGCGUAUCCGACAGUUUUGAAUUACCACCGAUGCCGCCAACACCGUCCUCCUUUCAUAUGGAAAGACAAAACGCAAGAGCGGGCUGCGAAGCAUCCUGGUACUACAGGUGGUCCUGGAGCAACUCGUCGAACCCUUGCAGCGGAUUCGACAUCGCAGCCGACGAAAGCGCACGUUUAUUUCCUGCGCCCUGCAUCGUGAAUUUUCUUCAAGGCACCGACAACAAUCAGAAUUAUCGCAUGUGCAGAUGGGAGCAGCAUUCCCAGCAAGACACCACGGAUUGUUAUCCGAUAAACGAUCAAUUGAAUGAAAGAGAAGAUCCGAGAUCUCCGGACAAAUCUGAAGAUGUGUCGUACAAGAAUAACGAAGAUCGUCGUGUGACGACCACGACAGACGCGGGAAUGAUGUUUCGCUCUUGGGAAAUGCCUCAUUUGCCGGAUACAGUAAUAAGCUGCGAACACGAGAGCAAGUAUCCAUCCUGGCAGGAUCCUGAACGUAAUGAACACUAUACAAAUCCGUUCUUCGGGGAAAGUACACGAUCGCAACGAGAACGAGAAACGACGAAGAGGACGAGCGACAAGCCGCGGAAGGAGAGAACUGCGUUCACGAAGCAACAGGUUCGACACUUGGAGUGCGAAUUUGCCCACAGUAAUUAUUUGACACGUUUGCGCCGCUAUGAGAUUGCCGUAGCGCUGGAUUUGACGGAACGUCAGGUAAAAGUAUGGUUUCAAAAUAGACGUAUGAAAUGGAAGCGAACGAAAGGCGGCACAGUCAACGUACAGUCUGCAACCACUAUAUCGUGACGCAUUCUUCGCGUGUGCCAUUGAUACAGUAUACAGUUUAUUUAAAUGCAUAAUUGUAUAUAAUAUUCUACACGGAGAUGUGCGAAUCGCUUGCGACAGCUUUAGAAAUGUGUACAAUGUUACAGAUAUUGUAGAAAAACUCGCAUCAAUCGCGUAAAUGAAUACCUUUUGCUUAUUCAAUACCUCGAAUAGAAUUAAAAAGUACUUAUAAAU